GUGAUGGUCGACUUGAUCCAGAGCCGUGGCAAGGCAACUACCCCGCCAGUGUCCCUGUCGGGAAGGGCUUUCCAAAACCGGGAACGCCUGGCAACGACUGGCGGCGCGAAUGGCGCGGAGAAGAACCGAGUCGACUGAAGAGUGCGGAGGAGCACUGGAACCCGCGGUCCCUGAAUGGCUCGAGCAAAGGCAAGGGCAAGGGAAAGAAGGGUGGCAAAGAUGCCAGGCUCGGACUCGGGGCCAUCGUUUUUGGGACGGAUGAGUCGCGAGGCCUUUGUGCGCAGUGCGAGGAAUCAGAGGGUGAUGAUUCGCCGACCCUUUUCUCCGAUCUGGGGCCGGAAGCACAUGGGAUCUUUAGCGGUAGGCGUGGUGAUUGUGCCUGUUUAACUGGUAAGGUGAGCGUCGUGGGUCGAACUGCCUUCAUGGUGGCGGCUGAAAGGGCCCUUGAGACAGACCUUGGAAAGGAUGCCUUGUUCAGCGAUCCCUUUGCCAAAGUACUUGCAGGGAAAGACGGCCGCGAGAUGUCCGACAAGCUUGGAGAAGCUGCGGCACAGUUCGGCUUUGAGAAUUGGCCGGAGUUUCACAAGGUGUGGACAGUGGUAAGAACAAAGUUUAUCGACGACAUCAUCGGUAUUCUCACGGAUCAGAAGCAGAUGGUGAACCUGGGGGCCGGCGUCGGGUACUCCAAGCUGAAGGCCUCGUACGAGGUCGAUACGCCCGAGGUGAAGGGCGAAAAUAGACUGAAGCAAGCCCUUAUGGACCAACUCUUGAAUGCAGUGAAGACCGCGGUGUUCGAACGACUCGGGGCGACGCCUUUCUGCCCAGUCGUCACAGUCUCUGCAGACUUCCGUGUUGCAGGGGAGUUGGCUCGCAACCUCGCGCGGUCGGGCUUCGACGAGCAGGCUCAAUUUCAGCCAUCAGGGGUAGCGUCCGUCUUCCUCAUCGAGGGGGUCCUGGACUUUCUGGAGGAUGCCGCGACGCCUUUCUUGAGCGAGGCGGCAAGGAGUGGAUACAGCGCAACCGCAACGCAGGUGUCCAAGAUGGCAGCACCUGGGUCCCUGGCCGUGAUCAACUACGCGAUCGGGCCGCCAAG